AUGGGCGUAUCGAAGGAACAUUUAAAGCACAUAAUGCUUUAUAAUUUCAAACAGGGAAACAGUGCAGCAGAAGCAACCCGAAAUAUUCAUUCUGUUUAUGGGGAAGUGUGCUUGAACGAAAGAAGUUGCAGAAGAUGGUUUGCAAAGUUCAAAAAUGGUGAUUUCAGCCUAAAAGAGAGGCCACGAAUAGGACGCCCAGUUGAAUUUAAUGAUGAGUUUCUUUUGUCAGAGCUUAAAAACGAUAAUUCUGUGAGAGUUGAAAAAUUGGCAAACAAGCUCAUCUCAAGCCACUCAAUUGUUCACUGUCAUCUUCAACAGCUUGGAAAAAUGCCCAAACUAGGAAAAUGGGUUCCUCAUGAUCUGAUAGAAGCCAACCGAAAAUCACAAGUGAACAUAAGCUCAUCUCUUCACUCUCGUGAACGUAUCUCUCCAGUUUUGGACAGAUUAGCGACUGGUGAUGAAAAAACAUUUUUCUUUUCGAAAAUGUUAAGCGAUGCAGGCAAUAGAUUAGUUGUACAGAACAAGCUAAACCACAACCCCAAAAAGACCUCUAUGCAAAACAGGUUCUUCGUUUAA